ACACGGCGAGAGUUUCGCUUCUCCUCGAGCUACCAGCCGUAAAGGUGCGAAAUUGUGAUCGGGGUGCUCGGCAUGCUGAGCGAGCUGCUGUUCUGAGGAAGACAGGGGCGAGUUUCGACGCCAUAGUUAAUAUGGUAUCGCAGGUUCAAUUGAGGAGAAUAGACGAAGGUGAGCAGAUUCGCAGGUAUUCGGUGAUUAUUACAUGUAUGAGGUUUCGAUUGCAAUUGGCGAUAAUCCAACUUUUGGAUCCAAUCAGCUUAAUCGUGUUGGUCAAACUGGUAUCCACACGGUUAAAUCUCGGUCCGUCAAUCCAUCUCCACUAUUACGUAUUUGCAUUCAUUGGAUCUGUACCUAAGUACCUUCUAACAAGACUCAAUCUAGGCCUACAAAUAAGAAACAUACAAUAUUAUACAACCUCUAAUUACACGGAACAAGCAGAGGGGUACCAUGUUAAUUUGCGAAAAUCAUGUACCCUAUCCGGUCCUUCCAUUGUUCCUAUCAUUCUACGUUACUAUCGACACGCAAACUACUAAACACAUCAAGACCAUUGUGCUACGACUAGAAAUGAGGUAAUAAUCCCUAGACAAAACAUCAGAUAGGCGUCCAUUUUUUUCUCCAUCACUCUGCUUCUUCUUCAUCUUCAUCUUUCUUUUCCUGAGCAGCCUCACCAUUAGUAGCUUUAGUCUCUUCUGCAGGAUUUU